AGAAAGAGAGAGAGCUAGGGUUUAUCUCUGAACCCUGCUUUCUUCUUCUGGUCUUUGCCCUUGGAGAGAGGAUUCUCUUGGUUGGAGGUGAAAUGGCUGAUUAUCAUCUGUUGACCGUCGCCUUCGGUAUCCUAGGAAACGUUGUCUCGUUCGUCGUCUUCUUGGCUCCACUGCUGACAUUUUACAGGAUUUACAGGAAGAAAUCGACCGAGGGUUUCCAGUCGUUACCCUAUUUGGUUGCUCUAUUCAGCUGCAUGCUUUGGCUUUACUACGCAUUCCUCAAAGGAAACUCCACCCUUCUCAUCACCAUUAACACCUUCGGAAGCGUCAUCGAAACGGUGUACAUCGCCAUGUACAUUGCUUAUGCGCCGAAAGCUGUGAGGAACUCCACGAUUAAGCUCUUUCUUGGGAUGAACUUGGGAUUAUUCUCUCUCCUAAUUCUCAUCACACGCUUCAUUCCAAAUGCUCAUACACGCACCGAGGUGUUCGGAUGGAUCUGCACAACGAUUGCCGUGUGCGUCUUCGCAGCACCGUUAAGCAUUGUGGCACGAGUUAUACGAACGAAGAGUGUGGAGUUCAUGCCCUUCUAUCUAUCGUUCUUUCUAACGGUGAGUGCCGUCAUGUGGUUCGGCUAUGGUUUCUUCGGAAAGGACUGGUACAUUAUGACACCGAACAUCCUAGGCUUUUUCUUGGGACUAUGCCAGAUGGCCUUGUACGGGUACUUCAGAAACAAAGACGGCAUCGUCGUGGUGGAAGAGAAGCUCCCACAACACAUCGCCAACAUGGUCAUUCUCAACCCCUUAGAAGGAGUCUCCCACGUCCACCCCGUCACUGUCGAAAUCCCGUCCCCCAUCGACGGCAGAGAAGCCCGUGCGGAUGAGCAGCAGCCAUCACAACUGCCGGAGGGCACCGCGGAAGUGGUAGUUUCUGGUGAUGACCUCCGGGCCAGGGAAGAUUUGGGGGUCUGAUCUGCCAAGUUAUUGGUUAGCUCGGGCCCAACUUACCAUUUUGUGUCGAUCUAUUCUCUCUAUGAUGAUCCUACUUUCUCUAUUGCUCUCUCU